AUGCGGUCGCAGAUGCUACGGGUUGGCCAGAUGGCUAAUUGUAGGCCACAUCUCUCUACCUCGCUCCGCAUACCUACCCUCACAUCACGAAGAUGCCUCGCAACAUCCCACGACCUACCCUCUGCCCGCUCCACCCAACUCGCCUCCCGCACCCCGCCCUACCCUCUCCUCCUCUCGCGCCUCGCAAAAGUACGCCGCGUGCUCGGGUCCUCGCGACACCUGACUCUUGCGGAGAAGAUUCUAUAUGCACAUCUGGACAACCCAGAGGAGUCGCUGCUGAGCAACACCAAUGGUGGCAAGGACAUUCGGGGCCAAGCAAACCUGAAGCUCAAGCCUGAUCGUGUGGCAAUGCAGGAUGCAAGUGCACAGAUGGCACUGCUGCAAUUCAUGAGCUGUGGACUGGGCAAGACGGCUGUGCCUGCAAGUAUACACUGCGAUCACAUGGUCGUCGGCCACACGGGUGCGGAUGCGGAUUUGCCAAAGUCGAUUGCCGAAAAUAAAGAGGUGUUUGAUUUCUUGGAGUCGGCGUCGAAGAAGUAUGGUAUCGAGUUUUGGCCGCCAGGUGCGGGCAUUAUUCAUCAGUCGGUUUUGGAGAAUUACAGUGCUCCUGGCUUGAUGAUGCUUGGCACAGACAGUCAUUCGCCGAAUGCUGGUGGACUGGGUGCGAUUGUCAUUGGUGUUGGGGGUGCGGACGCGGUGGACGCACUCGUUGAUGCGCCGUGGGAGCUGAAGGCGCCUAAGAUUCUGGGUGUGAAGCUCACUGGCGAACUCAGCGGGUGGGCGUCGCCCAAGGAUGUCAUUUUGAAUUUGGCUGGCCAGCUUACUGUUCGGGGCGGCACUGGUUUUAUUAUCGAAUACUUUGGGCCUGGUGUGCAGACGCUGAGCUGUACCGGCAUGGCAACCAUCUGUAACAUGGGCGCUGAAGUCGGCGCAACGACCUCCCUCUUCCCUUUCUCCCCAGCUCACGUUCCAUAUCUUCAAGCCACACAUCGAGGACCAAUCGCUGAGGCUGCCCAAAAGAUUGCCGAUUCCCCAAUGCAACAGAACCUGCUCCGUCCUGACCCCGAAGCUGCCUAUGACAGGGUUAUUGAGAUCAAUCUUUCGACUCUCGAGCCGCAUAUCAACGGGCCUUUCACUCCUGAUCUCUCCACCCCUCUAUCCAAAUUCAAGUCUGUCGUUGAAGAGAAGAAUUGGCCCAAGACGUUUGGCGCAGGUCUUAUCGGUAGCUGCACAAACAGCUCAUACCAGGACAUGACCAGAUCCGAGGAACUUGUCAAGCAGGCUUCAGCAGCUGGUCUCAAGCCAAAGGCAGACUUCUUCAUCACUCCUGGAAGCGAGCAGAUUCGGGCGACCUUGGAGCGUGAUGACACUCUUUCAACAUUUACAUCUGCUGGGGGUACAGUUCUAGCCAACGCAUGCGGUCCUUGCAUUGGCCAGUGGACCCGUACCGACGGCGUGAAGAAGGGCGAAGCCAACGCCAUUCUCACCUCCUACAAUCGCAACUUUCCCGGCCGCAACGAUGGCAAUCGCGCGACGAUGAACUUCCUCGCCUCCCCCGAACUCAUCACCGCCAUGACCUACUCUGGCUCCACAACCUUCAACCCCAUGACCGACAGCAUACCCACCCCCUCCGGCGAAGCCUUCAAGUUCUCCCCACCCAAAGGCUCCGACCUCCCCUCCGCCGGCUUCGCAGAGGGCAACCCAGCCUUCCUGCCCACCCCCGGCGUCCCCGAUCCCAGCGUCUCCGUCCUCGUCUCCCCUACCUCCACCCGCCUCGCCCUCCUCGACCCCUUCCCCGCCUUCCCCCCAACCGAGCUCUCCAACCUCCGCGUCCUCUACAAAGUAAAAGGCCAAUGCACAACCGACACCAUCUCCGCCGCCGGCCCCUGGCUCAAAUACAAAGGCCACCUGCCCAACAUCAGCGAGAACACACUCAUCGGCGCCGUCAACGCCGAAACCCUCGAAGUGAACACCGCCUACGAUCUCGACGGCAGCCCGUCAACCAUUCCCGCCCUCGCAAAGCGCUGGCGCGACCGCGGCAUCGAAUGGCUCGUCGUCGCCGAACACAACUACGGCGAGGGCUCGGCCCGCGAACACGCCGCCCUCCAACCUCGCUACCUCGGCGCCCGCAUCAUCCUCGCCAAAUCUUUUGCUCGCAUCCACGAGACUAAUCUCAAGAAACAGGGCAUCGUGCCGCUCACGUUUGCAGACGAGUCCGACUACGACGCCCUCGCUGCUUGUGACGAGGUUGCUACCCGCGGCCUCUUGGAUGUUCUGCGCAAUGGCGGUCAGGGCGAGGUCGAGCUGCUGGUUAGGAAACGCGAUGGUGCGCUCAGGGUGGUCAAGACGAGACAUACGCUGUCAAGGGAUCAGACGGGUUUUAUUCUCGCUGGCUCGGCGUUGAAUCUUUUGGCUGCAAAGGGGAGGGAGGCUUGA